CGCCAAUCAACACCAAAGAAGAAGAAGCAGAAGAAGGAUACCGGAUGUACGUCAUGUAGCUUCCGGUUAAAAUACAAAAACAUGCAGCGCCGCGGUUGUCAUUCACUGUAGCGUGCCUGAACAGAACAGAGACAGUCAUGUUGACCCCAGGGAAGGACGGGAUGCCCAGUAUGAUAGACAGGGCUCUGAGGAUGAGGAGGGAGGAACAGGCUCGUCAGGUGGUCCUGGCCUGGGCUGUCCUCAACGUGUCUCUAGCUGGCAUGAUUUACACUGAGAUGUCAGGGAAAUUGCUGAGCCGAUACUACAACAUCACCUACUGGCCUAUCUGGUACAUUGAACUGGUGCUGGCCUCUCUAUUUAGCCUCAAUGCCCUUUUUGACUUCUGGAAAUAUUUCAAAUACACAAUGGCUCCCUCCACCAUUGCUGUAUCCCCUGAGCAGCAUCACCUCCUGGGUCUGAGAAACACGGGUAUUCAGGCCUCUCCGCCCCAAAAGCCAGAAAAAAAGGAAACCCCAGUUCCAGCCCAGUCGUCUCCGCUGCAGGGCCAGAGCGUUCUGAGUUUCAGCCCCUCACGGCCGGCGACCACCAGCCCCAAGUUUUCCCCCAGCUGUGUACCCGGGUACAGCCCUCCUCUCGGCAGCCCAUCCACUCCAAACAGUGCGGGGGGGCCCUUUUCCCCCUCAGUGGCCUUUGGAAAGGUGUUGAGCUACAGUCCCUCCCCUGGCUCCUCUCCCUACCCCAGCAGCAUCGGACCAGCAGAAGGCUCCAGCUUGAGAGCACGAUAUCGCACGUCCCCCUCCGUGUUCAACUCCCCUGGAAGCAAAGAGGACUACAUGGAGGAUCUGAAAAGCCUGGAGAGGUUCCUCCGCACAGAGGAGGAGAGGAGUCACCGCAGCCAGCUAGGGAGUCCAGAGUCUGUGUCUCCGAGCCACAGCCCAACGUUUUGGAACUACAACCGCUCAGUGGGAGAUUACGCCCAGAGCCUGAGGAAGUUCCUGUACCAGCCGGCCUGCCGCUCUCAGGCGCCAUCUGCCCACAAGGAUGAGACGGACCUGGGCUCCAAACAGGCUGCAGAGGAGGUGUGGGCCAGAAUCACAACCAGUCGCCCGGUAGUGGACCGCAUUGAUAGCUGGACAGCCAAGCUUAGAAAUUGGAUCAGUGACACCAUCUUGGUCUCCCUGGUCAAGGAGACAGACUCUAUCAACAGUCAGCUCAGGAGGAUGGGCUGCCCUGAGCUCCAGAUAGGAGAGGCCAGCAUAAGCAGCCUGAAACAGGCAGCAGUGAUGAAAGCCUCGUCCAUCCCCACUAUGAACUCUAUUGUUCAGUAUCUGGACAUCACUCCCAACCAGGAGUAUCUAGUGGACCGCGUGAAGGAGCUGGCUCACAGCGGCUGCAUGAGCUCAUUUCGCUGGAAUGGUGGUGGUGAUCUGAAGAACAGGAAGUGGGACACAGACCUCCCCACGGACUGUGCUAUCCUCAUGCAUAUGUUUUGUACGUACUUGGACUCCAGACUGCCCCCACAUCCAAAGUACCCAGACGGGAAGACUUUCACUUCGCAGCACUUCAGCCACACCCCAGACAAACCUGAUGUUACAAAGGAGAGCCUCUUCUGCGUCCACCAAAGCAGCACCACUCCCCCUCACUACCAGCUCAUCUACCAGGGACACAUCUACAGUCUACCCAAGGGCAGGAACAACCUGUUCCACACAAUCCUCAUGUUCCUCUAUGUCAUCAAGACUAAGGAGUCAGGGAUGCUGGGGAGAGUAAAUCUGGGCCUCUCUGGUGUGAACAUCUUAUGGAUAUUUGAGAACUGAUGCGUCAUCAUUUACCAAGCAACAAAAAGCUGCAAGUGGAUUUUUCUCCCCACAAUGCUGUGUGGCUACACUGGUUGGAAUACCAACUUAAGGACCGCUCUUUCAGGGGCACACCAGAAAAGCAGCACUUCACUUUGAAAGACAAUAAAUGCAUAUUUUUGGACAUUUUCUCAUUUUUUAGUGUACAAAUUGGUAACAUUCUGUAUUGUCAUUUUAAGGACACAUUUCUGUUGCACCACAGCGUGCUUAUGAUACACUGACUGCAGAGCUGUAUUUUUUAACAUUGUUUGGGUUUCUGGUUUUGUAUUUUGAGAAUGUACCAGCAUGGCAGCCUUGUAAAUAAUAUACCUCAGAUUCAUCUGGUGAAAUGUAAAGGGCUCAGCAUGAAUGUAAAUAUAGUGUGUGUGGACUUGACUUUUGUUUUCUCAAAGCUUCAAUAACCUGUUGCAACUGGUAUGCUGUUUUCUUCCUGUAGUCGAAUGAUUGUCUACCGUAGUAGGGAUGAUCCUGACAUGCUUGAAGUCACUUGCAGAAAUUGGACUUGUGAAAACAGAAGCAAUACACAAUAAGUUCAUGUAUUGCUGUAUUCUGUAGUAGCGAACUUUCCUAUAGUACUAGGCUGCAAUGCAACACACAACUAUGUACAGUGUUAAUUCUUUUGAUAUGCGAUGGAGAACAAAUGAAAAGCCUUUGAAUCACCAAAGUCUUUUUUUUCUGAAUAUAAUGUCUUUUACAGAAUCCAUUUGUUAAAUGUCAAACCUUCUACAUGUUUGCUUGUUUUCAAUAAUGCCAUUUUGCAUUUGUCUCAAGACUUGAAAAUAAAAUUGAGAUAUUGAAAAAAAA